CGCGCCUCCCCAGCCCCGCCGCCGCCGCCGCCGCCGCCGCCGCCGCGCCGGGCAUGGCCGCCCCUCGCCGCCGAGCCCCGCGAUAGCCCCACGAGCCGCCGCGUCGCCGAGGUGUUCAUCUCGGUGGGGCCACACUGACCAUGCUCAGGAGCUUCUGUCUCCAGCUCAUGUCCUUGCUUUGGAUCCUCUUAGCCCAUCACCAGCUUGCCCAAGGUGAUGACUGCAGUGAGCACUGCAACCUGGCCCAUGGCAGCUGCGACCAGGAUGGGAAGUGCAGGUGCGACCCAGGCUGGGAGGGCGAGUACUGCGAGCAGUGUGUGCGCAUGCCGGGCUGCCUCCACGGGACCUGCCACCAGCCCUGGCAGUGCAUCUGUCACAGCGGCUGGGCCGGCAAGUUCUGCGACAAGGACGUCCACAUCUGCGAACAUCAGUCCCCAUGCCAGAAUGGGGCUCAGUGCAUCUAUGACCGAGAUGGGGAUUACUCCUGUCUGUGUCCAGAGGGCUUCCAUGGGAAGGACUGUGAGAUGAAGGCAGGACCAUGUGAGAAGGCAGGGUCUCCAUGCAAGAAUGGGGGGCAAUGUCAAGAUGAAAAUGGCUUUGCCAGCAACUUCACCUGCCGGUGCCUCGCUGGCUUUGUGGGGGCUCUCUGUGAGCACGACGUGGAUGACUGCCUGAUGCGGCCCUGCGCCAACGGUGCCACCUGCCAUGAUGGCAUCAACCGCUUCUCCUGCCAAUGCCAGGUGGGCUUCGAGGGGCGUUUCUGCACCAUCAACAUCAACGACUGUGCCAGCCAGCCCUGCAAAAAUGGGGCCAAGUGCUACGACCGCAUCAAUGACUAUGACUGCUUGUGUCCGGACCGUUUCACUGGCAAAACCUGUGAGAUCUCCAUCCCUGAGCCCACCUGGGCUCCCCCCUACCAUCCUUUGAACCACGAGAGCGGCUGGGCGAUUAGGAGCACCACCAGCGAGAUGCCUGAGGUGACACAGCCAGAGCCCAUGAGGAGUGCAGUUACGGGGCGGCGUGUGGCCAACCACAGUGAGAAAGUGCCGGGAGGAGGGUUGUUAAAAAUCUCUGUGAAAGAGGUGGUGACCCAAAGGGACUCAGGGCUGAGCGAAGCCCAGCUGGUGACAGUGCUGGUGUUUGGGGUGCUGACGGCAGUGCUGGUCCUCAUCACUAUCCUGCUCAUCCUGAGGAACUGGCAGAGGGGCCGACAGCGGUCGAACUGGUGCCAAAGCCCUUCGCAGGCUGCCAGGAAGCUCCAAGAUCAGGAGUGCCAGGUGGGCAUGUUAAACUCGGUCCUGAUCGAGCCCAGGAAAACAACAGAGCUCUGAGCACUCUGAGCCGGGCCCCUGCAGGUCAUCAUGCUGGCAGACCCCUCGAACUGCACCCCAGGCAGCUGUUCUGGUGCAAAUUGGGCAGUAGGGAAAGGCUCCUCGGGCAGUGAGCACAUCAACAAAACCCCAUGGUGCUGAGCUCGGUGCAAUGGGCCCAAGCCAUCUCCACCGGCCAGCACCUGUGUGAGUGAAGGUAGGGCUGCAUGGGGCCAGCCCUGCAAGGGAGCAGCAUUGGUACCGCUCCAGUGUGAGCACUUGGGAAUGGACUGGGACUGCUGGAGUGCUGUCUCACAAGUGUCUUCUGCUAGGUCUCUACAACUCAUCUCUGUGACUGGAACAGGGUCUCCCAGCUCUUUCUGGAGGCUGUAGUUUCAGAUGCCGUGUUCCAAGGGCACAAGCAGAUGUGGCCUUGUGGCCACGCGAGCCAGUUUGGAAACACUGUAGAGACUGUUUAGGGUCUCCUGCCCUUUUUCUGCCCUAUGUGAUGCUCUUUCCUCUUACCAUCAGACUUGGUAUUACAGACAUGUUCUGUACUUUUCUCCUGAUGAUCCGUGGUGUUUCCUCUCCCUACUUAUGGAGCCGUCCUUUCUGGUAUGGACACAGACAGCAAAGCUCCUUCCCCAACCCAACGUGCACUUCUGCUUUACUGUUUGCUGAUGGGGAAGCACGUGGCCUCUUCCUUGUGGGGCAUCCCGGGCCUGAGCUGGUCCUUCUCAUGUCCUCACAGGUGAAACUGGAGCUGGCCAAGACUGGAGAUGUGCUGCAACUGGCUCAGGAGCAAUACAGGAUCCAGAUCCUCAUUUCCCCUGCCAGUCCCUCCGAAGCACCCUGCUGGCAUUAACCUCAAACCAGCCAUUGCAGAGUUUGUUGAUAGUAACCAAGCUAAACUCCCUGCAGCGGAUGUGUGGACAGGAUACGGAGCCAAUGAUGACUGUAGGAAGCAGAUACAGCACUGCAUUCUCCUUGCUAAAGCAGGGCUGAGAGGCACUUAGCCUUGGUACCAGCUCUGCUCUGCCUUUUCUGGUCUGGUGUACAGCAAGCAGGGCCUCCCUGCCACAGUCAGGAUUUUCUAUGCCUCCUCAUAGGAAUGAGGGGUCAAACAGUGGAAAUCUUGAAAAAUAAACAACAAAACAACCCCUACUACUGGCCUGUAGGGUCACAGAACAGGGUUUGAGGUCAUGUAGAAAGAGAGUGGCCAGGGGAUUAAGCACUCAGCCAGGAGAGAGACCUGGGAGAGGGGUCUGGGGCUUCAUCAAAAAGAUUAUUUUUUUAAUACAUGAAUGGAUAAUGUACCUUUAUCAAAUAAAACAAUUACAAGCCCAGAAACUGUAUUAGAGAAUGAUAAAAUAAUUUAAGUUGAAGCAUUUCUGUACAUCAACCUCCUGCUCUCAGCAGAUUCAAUUACAUCACGUUGCUCAGCUACUUGUCCUGUCCAGUUGUGAGUAUCUGUAUUUUCAUCACUGCCUUCAAAAGUGCAAAACCAGACUGUGGCACGUGGAUUGUUCUACCCCAUGUUCUGGCCCAAAGUCAUCAUAAACCUUUCGUUGC